CUGUUUCUUCGAAAACAGUAUGAAGUUCUCUCUUAUAAUUCUUUCUAAAGUAAAAUUAAAUUAAAAAGGUACUAAGACUUUCAAAUAACACAUACAUUUUGUAAAUUGGAAUGGAUUUCAAGAAUAAAAUCACACCGGUGGAUUUAUUUUUCAUGUUUUAUGAACCCCCUCAAUCGAACAUUGCAGUGAAUAAACCACCAAUAAUUUUCAUUCAUGGGCUUAUGUCGACACCUUACUGUUGGAACAAAGUGAGAAAUGAAAUAUGUGAAAAAACAGGGCGAAAGGCUUAUGCAUUAUGUUUGAGAAACCAUGGAUCGAGUGGCUGGUCUAAGGAAUUCAGCGUAAAUCACCUCGUAGCAGAUCUGAAGCACUUCAUGUUGAAAGAAAAUAUUUCGAAGGCUAUUUUGGUUACUCAUAGUUUGGGUGCAAGACCAGCAAUAACACUUGCAUUGGAAAACCCAGAAAUGGUGGAAAAACUAGUAGUCGAAGAUAUGACUUUAACUUUCGAUGACGACCAAAGUGAAGCUGUAACACGAUUCUUGUCAACUUUAAAAAUGGCAGCAAGUAGUUUGAAGCAGUAUCCACCUUCUAUGCCUGAAGCUGUAGUUCAGAAAAAGCUUCAGCUACUAUUUUGCUUGCCUUGGAUCAAUAAGUCCAAUGAAAAAACCAGUUCCAGGCCAUUAGCACCCCUUUUGCUAUUUCACAAGGAGAAAUCAGGUGAAUUUGUUUGGGAUGUUAAUAUAGAUUCUCUAACAGAAGCUUUAGAAGAUCACUCUAAUACGCUUAAAAUACGCUUGUCCGAUGAAUUAGUAUAUCCCAGUGAAGCCAUUUUCGUUUCAGGAGAGUAUUCCAAGUUUGAUGUGAUCAAAGAGAAACAGGCUAUUUUGAAGCAUUUUCCAAACGCCAAAUUUAGUGUCGCAAAGGGAGUUUACCAUGUCUAUCAUGCAGAGAAUCCAGAGGAAUAUAUAAAAGAGGUAGCAGAAUUUAUUGGUGCUUGAAGUAUAUUCUGAUUUACUCAACAACAGAAUUUAUUGCUGCUUGAAGCAUAUUCUGAUUUAUUCAACAAUUGUAAAUAUAUAUUCUUUUUAAAUUACAAUUGUUGUAACUGAAAAUAUCGCAAUGGCAGAUUUUAAUUAAUUUUUU